AUGGGCUCUCUAGAAAUACUGUCUCAAGUCGUUGGCUGGGCAUACUUUGUAGCAUGGAGUAUCAGCUUCUAUCCUCAAGUCAUCUUGAACUACAAGAGACUAUCUGUAACAGGCCUCUCCCUCGACUUCAUCGCCCUAAACCUGCUCGGCUUCACGUGCUACUCCUUCUACAACAUCACAUUCCUCUUCAGCACCACUGUCCGUGACGAAUACCGAACAAUCAACGACGGCCAAGACCCUUUAGUGACAAUCCACGACGUGCUGUUUGCAUGCCAUGCAACGCUCAUAACAAUGGUAACAGCCGCGCAGUGUCUCGUAUAUCAGAGGGAACCGGCACAGAGAAUCUCGAAACUCGCGAGGGCGUUUGUGAUGUGCGCAAUUGUGGGUGUUGGCGUGCUGGGUGUGAAUGUUGUGUGGGGGCAUACGUGGGUUAUUGAUGUGGUGUAUUUUACCUCGUAUGUCAAGAUGGCAGUCUCAACAAUAAAAUACGUCCCACAAGCGUACCUAAACUAUAAACGCAAAUCAACCAUCGGAUGGUCAAUAAUCAACAUCCUCCUCGAUUUCACCGGUGGGAUCCUCUCGCUAGCACAGCUAUUCAUCGAUGCGUCCAUACAGGGUGGAUUUGAGGGUAUUGUUGGUGAUCCUGUCAAGUUUGGACUGGGUUUCAUCAGCAUCUUAUUCGACAUAAUUUUCAUUUUUCAGCACUAUGUGCUCUACCCACGGCGGUUCCUGCAAAGCAGGUCCGGCAUUGAAACGCCGAGACUGCACGAAGAGCUGGACGAGAGCAGCAGUCCAUUGCUAAAUGGAAGUAGUCUGCGAGAAUGA